CGCUUGGCGAUGGAGUCUCAUGCGAUCAUGCAGCGCAUCCUGGACCGGGAGUUCUACCGCAUUGAAGCGGCUUUGGACAAGAACUUUGAGUACAUCGACAGGUUGGACCGAGAGCGCGAGGAUGCCCUCGCGCGAGCCCAAGUUCGGAUUACAAGUGGCGGUGGGGAUGGAGGAGGUUCCAGGCACAAGAAGGAAACUAGCGCAGGGGUGUAUAUCACCGGUCUGACGACGUACAUUGCAUGCAAACAGCUGGAAACGUUGUGCCACCGCCUGGGUCGCGUCAAGCGCGUCAAGUUCUACAAGGACGAGCGUGGAAGUCUCAAGGGCGAUGCGUUGGUUGUGUUUUCCACUGUUGCCAUGAUGAACGCUGCAAUUGCCAAGUUGCACCAUCUCGAGCUCAAACCCGGCGUCCGGAUCACGGCCACCGCCGCCGACUACAGCAAGAAACCCGCCGCCGCCGCCGCCCCAGACAAGGACGCGCCGCCUACCGACAACAUGGUGGAUGCAUUUUUACAAGAAAUCCACGAUCAAUUCCAUGGUGGUUUGGGGGCCACGGCGUCGACUCCUGUCGGCACCGCCGCCCCAGCGUUUGUUCCGUCAUCAUGUGUCGCCGCGGCGUCCCCUCCUCCUUCGUUAUCUCCACCGAUUACGCAUGUGCAGCCAGUGGAAAACACAUUGGACGAACCGUCGCGAUCGGUGGUGCUACGUGGCAUCCUCGACGAGGACCCUCACGAAGCGCCGUUGUCGGACGAGUACUUGGAUGUAGAGGACGAUUUGCGAUUGGAAUGCUCGAAUUUUGGCACCGUGUUGCAGGUACCUUGUAUCACAUGUCUUUGAGAGAGAGAUCGACAAUGAUGUGCCAGGUGUUGAUCCGGCCAGACUCGAACGACGUGGUGGUGGAGUUUGAAGCGCUAGACAGCGCCGUCGCAUGCCUGCGAGCCAUGCACGGCCGAUGGUUUGGACGCCAGCAGAUCCGCGCGUCGUUCGACCCGACCAAGCCCGAAACAAACGUAGAUGACCCUGACUUGAUGCUCCAGGCGUUCCUCGCGUCCGUGUAAAUACCUAAGAAGGACCACAUGCGAUUGGGAUGCUCAUAUUGUACUGUGUUUAUAUUCUAAACUGGAGAUGCGACAUGGA